CUGGAGCUGUGAGUUCACGCUAAAAUAAUUAAUUGCUGUUAUUCCCAUGGCUCUGGUUCUGUCUCUGUCUAUGUCUCUGUUCUAAAUACUGAGCUUUAUUAUCUAUUUCCUCCGCUAGAUCUCGUCUCGAAGCUGCAAAAAGAAAUUGAGAGAUAUGGGUCGCGGAGUUAGCUGUGGCGGAGGACAAAGCUCAUUGGGCUACUUGUUUGGGAGCAACGAGGCUCCAAAACCCGUAAAAGAGGUUUCUGAAGCUGCUCCAAGUGAAAGUAAGGUUGUGAGUAAAGAACCUAAGGCUAAUGCUGCUCCUCAGCCUCAGCCUCAGCCUCAGCCUCAGCCUGUAGACAUCAGCAAGCAGAUUCCUGCAGGAAUUCAAAGUACCACUACAAACAAUUACUUUAGAGCAGAUGGUCAAAAUACUUGCAAUUUCAUCACGGAUCGUCCAUCGACGAAGGUCCAUGCUGCUCCAGGAGGAGGUUCUUCCUUGGGGUACCUGUUUGGGGGUGGCAACAACUAAUGGCAACCAACUUCAAGGCCUUCCGUGAAAUAUAUAUAUAUUGGUAAAUGAGAUUGUGUUUUCACCUAAAUUAUUACUAAAUUUUAAUUGUCAAUUCUGGCACAUAUAUAUAUAUAUAUUUAUUUAUUUAUGUGGGUUGAUCAUUUCUUCAUUAUGGUUUUCAUGUUGAAUUAUUUAUGUGGUGUGUCGAAGAACGCCUCAGAUGUGUGGAUUCUAAUUAUAAAGCAUCCCUCUAAAGGGUCAGCCGCCUGUAACUCAAUUUUAAGUUACUUUCUCUGUUGUUAUUUGCUAUACCUUGACAUUGAUGUUUGUUGUUA